CAUUAGAAGAGCAAAAUUAGAUGGACCUACCUUUCCACAGUUUACUUCUGGCUGCAAGCGUCAAUCAAUUUUUAGCGCCGUUUGUUGCAAUUCAUUAAAAAAUAAGUAAAAAGUGGAAUUCCUUGCGGGUAAUCUAGUGCGUGCGUGAGUUGUGGAAGGUGAAACAGUGGUUUAGGGCAAGGAAUUAUCGAACAGCAUACAGGGACAAUGGGUGAACAACUACCGACGGUUUCCUUAGAUGCGCUGCAAACUGCCGGCAAUACGCUGGAACGCCAUGGUUCGAUUGAUGUGGAUGUGCCGGGUUUACUGGAGUUGACGGGAGUAACGCAAGCCGGCACUCCGACCGCAAGCGGGUUAAGUGAGUUCGAUUAUCAGCAACUCAGCAAUCUAUCGAUGGGCUUCAAAGACCUGAAUCAGCUCUGCACGGUCAAUAAGGUUCCCAUACCAUCGGAAAUUAUGGAACAUUUUAACCAUAUAAAAUGUCACUGUAUGAUGGGGUUAUUUCCCGAAAUCGGGCGCGCUUGGCUCACAAUCGAUACGGAUUUAUAUAUAUGGACGUAUGAAAAUGCACGAGAUGUGGCUUACUUCGAUGGGCUAUCGCAAGUUAUCAUAAGCGUUGGAUUGGUAACGCCUAAACCCGGGUUGUUCGUCGCUGACGUGAAGUAUCUGCUAAUCCUUACAACGCCGAUAGAAAUCGUCGUCCUCGGUGUGACAUUUGGUGAUACCAGCAAUGGGACGCCGAACCGUAGCCUGUCGGCGCAGAGCAACGAGGAAAUGCAGCUAAUGCACACGCCCAUUUUUGUGCUAAACACGGACAACGUUGCCAUAAUGUGUGUGCAGGGAACGGAUGAUGGGAGAAUUUUUCUAGGCGGCCGUGACGGAUGUCUGUACGAAGUCAGCUAUCAGGCGGAAUCGAACUGGUUUGGCAAACGGUGCCGUAAGAUCAACCAUUCGCAGGGUCUGAUGUCCCAUCUGGUGCCUGGGAUAUUUAAAAUAUUUACCGAAACCGACUCGGUAGAGAAGAUAACCGUGGAUAACUCGCGCAACUUGCUGUACGUGCUCAUGUCCAAGGGGUCUAUAGAAGCCUGGGACCUGGGAAAGGAUGCGGGAAGCACCAGGCGUAUUGCAAGACUUUCCUACAAGGAAAUCAUCUCGAGCGCGUCGAUGAUUUUACGCACAAUCGAUCCGGCCGUGUUUCAUCCAAUUACCGCAAUCUGCCCAUUAACGUCGGAAGAUUCGACCAGUUUGCAUCUCGUAGCAAUCGCGGAAAGUGGUGUACGAUUCUACUUUUCCAUGGUACCACUACACUUGCAUGGAUUUUACAUUCAGCAGCAACAAUUGUUACUACAGCAGCAGCAACAGCAGUCACUGUUUCAGCAGCAACAGCAACAACAACAGUUUCAAUUACAACAGCAGCAGCAGCAACAACAACAACAGCAGCAACAACAACAACAUCAGCAACAGCAACAACAUCAACAGCAUCAACAACACCAACAACAACAACAUCCACAGCACCAACAACAACAUCCACAGCAUCAACAACAACAGCAGCAGCAGCCAUCACAGCAGACGAUGCAACAGCAAAAUCUUGCCAAUCAAGAGAUUCAACAAAACGCCAAUACCAAUCAUACCGAGCCACCACAAAAUAAACCACAGGGACUGUAUUUACUGCACGUACGCGUACCACCCGGUAUCACGGGCAGCUUACUCUUGACGAAACCAAAGCUGGUUCACUCGGCCCACUACAUCCAGGGAUCGCUGCUAAUGAUAUCGAGACAGCAGCAGGAUCAAGAUUUGCUCACCUGUCUCAGCUCGGAACAGUUUCAGUCGCAGCACAAUCUUGUCGAGUCCACCACCUACAUGCCACUGGACGGGCAGGUGUGGGCCAUCGCGGAUGUGAUGCGUAAGGAUCGCGUCUCGAUCACCACACCACUGCGCAAGGCUCAGAAUCCACGCAAGGUAGCGCUGCUAACGAACCAGGGUGUGCACAUCGUGUCAAUAUUGCAGUCGGUUGACAUUCUGCAACAGCUGCUCGUCGGUUGCCACGGUCCGCACAAUGAGGCGGUCAAGAUGUACUUUAGCAAACAGACGGAACCGGAAGCUUGUGCUACGGCCCUUUUGCUAGCUUGCCGUGAAACGCUCCGUGGUACGGAAGUCGGUGAUUGGGCAACGCAGGCGUUCAUACUGUAUGGUGGCGAACCGUACUAUGAUACACCGAUCCUAAAUGAUAACAGACAGCUAGGCUUUAAUUCGCCCCUUUCCGGUGGUGUAACUUACGGCGGUGCAAUGGAUACCAGCGUACAACAGAAUGCCAACUACGGACCGGGUGGACGCCUGUUUGCUUCCACGCCGUACUCGACACCUAGCCGUGGUAUGGUGUCGCCGGUACUUCAACAACAAAGGCAACAUACGUCCGUGUACGGUGGUUCAGCCCCAGCAUCGAAUGUAAACAACAACAACAAUGAAACGGUCGAUCCGACGCUGUUCCAUUACUCUGCGAAACAUGCCGGAUUGUAUUUGUAUAUGAGUCGAAUUCUGCGCUGCAUUUGGCGCAAAUUUUGUGUGGACGAACGCCUCUACUCGACAGUCUCGCAGCAGGAUUGUGUGGUGCUGCUAGAGGAUCUAUACGCCAUCCGACGGUUCCUGGAGAAUGUGACGGUAAACAAUUUGCUCGGAUACACCGGUGGUCGAAGCAAUGGUACGUCCGUAAAGCCUAACAUUGGGAGCCUUGGAUCGGGUACUACGUUCGCCCACGGACAAUCUGGACUGUUGCUAAGCGGUGCAGCUGAACGCGGUGGAUACGGUGGUAGUUUAUUAUCUUCCCAGCCAGGAUACAGCAUAAGCGGUGCUGCUGGUGGUUACGGAUAUCCUCAGGGCAAUAUUGUUCUAGCGCAGAAAAACUGCACCGAAGAAGCGUUGGUUGAGGAAAAAAAAUCCCUGGAAGCUUUAGUGCGAUUAAUAAAACAAGCGUGCGAAGUGGUUGGCCUAUGGAAGGUCAUCUGCGAACACCAGUGCCAUCUGUUGGUGGGGAAGCUAACGAAGGAAGAGCAAAGCGUGCUGCAGUCGUGCACGUUCAGCGAUUUGAUUUUGGCGCGCUUCGACGUUUGCGGACUGUUGAUAGUGACGCUGAUUAAUUCAUAUCUCGCCGACAACGCAAGUGUCGGUUCGAUUUCGUCCAAGCUGCGCGAAGUGUGCCCAACACUGUACCGCCAGGAGGAUGCCGUUUCACACAAGGCCACGGAAAUAUUGCUCCUUUCGCGCGGAUGCAACGAUCGCGAUAAGAAGGACGAACGCUUGCGUACGGCACUGCAGCUGUGUAAAAGUGCUGCACCGAAUUUGCCACUUGCGGCCCUGUGUCAGCAGUUUGUUUCGGCCGGGUUUUACAGCGGUGUAAUCGAGCUCUGUACGGUGUGUGCUGCGAAAAGUGAUCCAAACGAGGCCGGUUUGCUCUUCUACCGCAACAAUGAAGCGAUGGACAAUCAGGAAGGUUUCAUCGCUUUUCAGAACAGAAUGAACUGGUACAAGGAGGUAAAGGUGAUGCUGGAUUAUGUGUACGAUGCGGCGGGGAAUAGUGGACAGCAACCGAAACCCGAUAGCAUCUAUCCGUCGUUGGAUGACGAUGAGCUGCAGGAGCGUGUGACGGGCAAUCAAGAGGUGUUGAACAUCAUUGGCCACGCACUGCUGAGCACUGACCAGCUGCUACACAUUGCCGUCUAUGAGUGGCUGCUGUCGAAGAACUUGUUUGCGGAGCUGCUUGAAAUUACCGAACCAUCGCUCGGUGUGUUCCUUAGCCGCGCAAUGAUACGUACGCCGGAAAAUCUGGUGCUGGCCGAUCUGCUCUGGAAGUAUCACGAGCGCAAUGGACAGCAUGCGGCGGCAGCCAAAAUUCUGGACAAGCUCGCUAACGUGGCGAGCGAUAGUAUCAACCUGCAGCAGCGCAUUGAGUAUCUGGCCCGGGCCGUAAUGUGCAUGCGGUCGGAAUCGGUCGGAUUUUCCGCGCACAAUGGCGUUCUGUUGAAGGACCUGGAAGAUAAGCUGGAGGUGGCGCAAAUUCAGCGCCAGGUGUACGAUGCACUUGCGCUGUUGACGCAGCACAGCGAGGAACGGUACGACGCACUGAAGCUGCUCGAUUCCAAUCUGUACAAUUUGACCCAGCUGUACUCAGACUUUGCGGAACAGUACGAGCUGUGGGAGUGCAAGCUAACGAUACUGAACUGUUCGCACCACAACGAUCCACUGCUGAUCGAAUCGGUGUGGACGCACAUUUUGGACCGGGAGUUGCAGGGGCGCGAAAGUUGCGCCGAACGCUGCCGACGUUUGUUGGCCAAAGUCAAGAGCUUGGCACUCGAGUACGACAGCUCCGGUUGCUGUUUUCCGCUUGCGUUUAUAGUGCGCGAAGUAGAGAUCCGUUGCUUCCGGCUCGGCAUGUACAAUUCGCCCGUCCCGGAUGCAUUGAUCGAGAUGAAUUUGGACAUCGAGGAGCUGUUGAACAUUUACUCACGUCUCGUGUCGAUGAACGAACGCAUCUGGGUUACGGAGGAUGACGAGCUGUAUCUGAUCCGGUCGACCUCCGUGCUGUUAUCGCUGAUCGUUAAUCAACCGAAGCUGAUACCGUUUAAGGAUCGUCGAAAGGUGAUGUCGAAAUCGCAGGAUCUCAUUUCGGCGGCACUGAACAUUCUCUACACCAAACCGGACACGCAACCGUUAAUCGAUGUUUUCCGCGACACACAAUCGAAACUGCAGCGAAUUUUGUAAACAAAAAAAGAGAUGCAAAGAAAAGACUAGACAUGAAAAAGACGAGUAGUUAGUGUAUGAUCGCC